AUGUACGGCCGUCAAAUAUCAUCGGCAGCCCGUGCGGCCGGCCGCACCGCGCACGCCAUGCCAAGCAUCCGAAACUUCGCAACAGCGUCGCCCGUCAACGCCGCAGGCCGCGCCCACAAGGUCGUCGUGGUCGGCGGCGGAACUGCCGGCAUGGCGAUCAGCCACCAGUUGCUACUGACCGGCAAGUUCACGCAGGACGAGAUCGCGAUCGUCGACCCGGCCGAGUGGCACCACUACCAACCAGGCUGGACGCUGGUGGGCGGCGGCCUCAAGACCAAGGAGGAGCUGCGGCGGCCAAUGAAGGAGCUGGUCGACCCCAAGCUGAAGCUGUACAGCGACAGCGUCGCCACGUUCUCGCCGGAGAAGAACUUCGUCACGCUUGGCAACGGCGACAACCUCAGCUACGAGCAGCUGAUUGUGGCGCCGGGGCUGGCCCUGAACUGGGGCGCCAUCAAGGGCCUGCCGCAGGCGCUGGCCGACCCGGCCGCACCGGUGUCCUCCAUCUACGGCUACGACUCCGUCAGCAAGGUGUUCGGCACGAUCCAGAAGCUGGAGCAGGGCAACGCCAUCUUCACCCAGCCCGCCGGCGCGAUCAAGUGCGCCGGCGCCCCACAGAAGAUCAUGUGGCUGGCGCUGGACCACUGGAAGCGCGCCGGUCUGUACGAUCCCGCCGACGUGGCCGGCUCCCCGAUCAAGAUCGACUUCGCAACCGGCAUGCCGGUCAUGUUCGGCGUGCCCAAGUACAACAAGGCGCUGACGGCCAUGCAGCAGGAGCGCGGCGUGAACGCGCUCUUCCAGCACGACCUGGUUGCCGUGGACGGCAACACGGCCACCUUUGCGAGACCUGAUGGCCAGGAGCAGGUCACCAAGCAGUUCGAUCUGCUGCACGUCACGCCGAAGAUGGGCGCGCCCGCGUUCGUGAAGAACAGCGCGCUUGCGAACGAGGCGGGCUUCGUUGACGUCGACGACGGCACUGCUCGCCACAAGAAGUUCGGCAACGUCUGGUCUGCGGGCGACGCCUCGUCCCUGCCUACGUCCAAGACGGCGGCCGCGGUGACCUCGCAGUCGCCGGUUAUCGUGCGCAACCUGCUGCAGGCAAUGGAGGGCAAGGAGCCCGAUGCGAUCUACGAUGGGUACACGUCUUGCCCGCUGCUGACGGAGUAUGGCAAGGUGCUGCUGGCCGAGUUCAAGUACGGUGGCGAGCCGAAGGAGACGUUCGGGGACUGGUUUGGCAUCGACCAGGCGACGCCGCGCCGAGCGUUCUACCACCUGAAGAAGGACUUCUUCCCGUGGGUGUACUACAAUGCUAUGGUGAAGGGCAACUGGGCUGGACCUAAGGGGUGGAUUAACUAG